GAAUUCGUCGCGUUGCCAGAGCAAAAGACGCGCCAAAAAUUAUCGCUUCGAAUGUGUGUGCACACACUUACAUACUGAGACACACACAUAUGUAUGUACAGAUGUAUUUUUGCAACGUCUUGUGAAAUAGUGCAAAAUGAAUUCCAAUUGAACAGUUGCCAUAGAAAUGUUUAUAAAUUAUGCGACUAGUGCCAAAGUCAAAUUAAAACUCAUUUCGAUUCGUCGCGCGACCACAACAAACCGAACAUAAUUUGAUCGCACGCCGAACCACAACUGCCGUUAGAUGAUAGAAACUAACUAACUAACUUGCGGUAACGGUACAUAUGCCUUAAUAACGAUAGGCAAUAUCUAACUGUGUGUUAAACAGGAUCAACAAAAAUAAUAAACUUGUCUAAAAACAACAAUUCAAUCGGUUGAACUGCAGCAAAGCCCAAGUCAAAAUGUCUGCAAUUAGCAGCCGGAAUCAGAAAAUGGAACAACAGCGCCAGCUGAUGGACGCCUACAUCCGGCAGAAGCGCGCCUCGCCCGGCAUGGUGCAGGCCAGCGACCUGCAGAUGACUCGGCCGAUGUCCGGAAUGCGUGGCAACAGCCGGGAGCUGCACGCCUACGAUGGUCCCAUGCAGUUUAUAGGAUCGCCACAUAACCCGGAUCAGAUAUUGAGCAACAACAGCUCCAGUGUCCACUUGUCCAGCAGCUUGAACUCGAGCCGCAACAACUCGAACAACUUGCGCAGCCUAAGCACCGUCAACCAAGAAGACUUAAUCGAGGAGAUCUCGUCGCACGAGCUGGAGGACGAAGAGAGCAGUCCCGUGACGGUCGUUGAGAAUCCGCUGCCGCCGCAAAGUGCCAACUCGGCGCAUUCGCGGCGGCUACGCAACGGCCAGCAAUCCUUCAACGAGACCCUGGACGAAGAUGAAGACUAUGCCAAUCGCAACAUAGCGGGCGUGGCUCCAGUGCGCCCCGCCGGCAUCGCCUCGCCCUACAAGGACGGCGUCGCGCCGGAGGGCAGCAACGGAAUAGCCAACGGCAGCAGCAGCGGCGUUGGCAGCGGCGAAUCCGAAGGCGACGUCAUAGGCAACAUCGAUCAGUUUGUGAUGCAGCCGGCGCCGCAAGGUGUGCUCUACAAGUGCCGCAUCACACGAGAUCGCAAGGGCAUGGACCGCGGCCUGUUCCCCAUCUACUAUCUGCAUCUGGAGCGGGACUACGGCAAAAAAAUCUUUCUGCUGGGCGGGCGCAAGCGGAAGAAGAGCAAAACAUCCAACUAUAUUGUUAGCUGCGAUCCCACCGAUCUGUCGCGCAACGCAGAUGGCUUCUGCGGCAAGCUGCGCUCCAAUGUGUUCGGCACAUCCUUCACGGUAUUCGACAGUGGCAACAAGGACAGCACAGAAAGUCCGCGACUCGAUUUGGCAGUGAUCAUCUACGACACCAACAUUCUGGGCUUUAAGGGACCGCGCAACAUGACCGUGAUACUGCCUGGCAUGACUGAGGACGACCAGCGCGUCAAGAUCAGCUCAGCGGAUCCCAAACAGCAGGGCAUACUCGAUUUGUGGAAGAUGAAGAGCAUGGACAACAUUGUGGAGCUGCACAAUAAGACGCCAGUUUGGAACGACGAGACCCAAUCCUAUGUGCUCAACUUUCACGGUCGCGUCACGCAAGCGUCUGUCAAGAACUUUCAGUUGGUGCACGACUCCGAUCCGGAAUACAUAGUCAUGCAAUUUGGCCGCACAUCCGAGGAUGUGUUCACCAUGGACUAUCGCUAUCCGCUCUGCGCCAUGCAGGCCUUCGCCAUAGCGCUCAGCAGUUUCGAUGGCAAAAUCGCCUGCGAGUGAACCAUGACCGAAUCCCUGUUACAACUAUUCAACGGAGCGCAGUUACGGAUGCCUUAUUUAUACGACAAACAGCUCGACUUUGCAUACCCUAACUAGUAUAGAAUGUAAGAAAUAUCAUAAACGCAGAGGCUCGUAUCAGGCAAAAAUACUUUAAAUAACGAUUCUAAUUACUUUCUAACAAUAUCAAGAACUAUGCUAUUAUAUAUAUGCGUAUGUGUGUUAGUAGAGAUGCAGGCAAAUUAGUGGAACAUAGAUUUAACAAACACCCUACAAGACCAAAACUAUGCCGAAAUUUACAGUUCUCAUGAGAGGAAUACAGAUUAAAUAAAAAAAUGAUAGCCACAGCAAAAUAUUUAAGCACUUCAACUAUAUAUCUUCUUCAGGUAUAUCUUUCAAACAUAUUUCUUUACUUUCAACUUCAAGUAUAUCUUUUCAAUAAUAAACCUUUAAACAUUUUGCUGUGCACUCUCGCUAGUUGUUUAGGAGAUUACAGAUCAAAUUUAAGGGGCAGUCUAUCAAAAGAACAGAUACAUUUGUCACCUAUCAAACUGCCUCCAAAUACAUAAAUUGCUUCAACUGCAUCUUGAGUACUCAAGUGUUUCUUGUACAAAUAUUAGCACCUUCAUUUGUAUUUAAGUGUACUUUAUUAUUAUUUUUUUUUAAAUAUUUAACAAACAUAGUCUAAAAUUCUAGUCAGUCGAAGUGCUCAUCAUUGUUUGCAUGCGGCACAGUAGGCAAAACAACAUAAAACAAAAAUAUCUAAAUGUAUUUAUUGUAAAUUAACAAUUCAGAAAAAUAUGCUCACCGAUAUUCUAAGGAGCCUUAGCAAAGAAUAGCACAACAGCUCUGUAUGAUUCCCCACAAAUUCAAAUCCAUAAACGAAUCAAAAGCUAAAAAUCAAAACAUUUCAUAAGUAUAUCGAUUUUAUAAUUUGAAUACAGCUCGAAACGAAUAUUAUAGGUACAUAUGUGUAUCUUAACAACUGUUUAUAAUAAUGUAUCUAUGUCAAAAACAAUUACUAUUAGUCGAUAAGAGAGCAUUACUAUUUGUGCCGAGCUCUUUUUAUAAUUAAGCAACAAUCUGAU